AAUAUAUAGUAUAGGUAUAGUACUAUCUAUAAUCAAUGAUAUUAACAAUUUCACAUAAUAUUAUAUACCUGUUUACGGUUAAAUAUAACUAUUAACUAUAGUCUCUUGUCUCACUUAUUAUUUAUUAAUAUAUUGUGAAAAAGUUAUUGGGUAAUAUUGGACAUAAUAAUUUUAUUUUAUGAACUUAUAAGUACCUAUAUUAUAUUAUAAGUAACUACAAGUUGUAAAAUACUGUAAAAAAAAAAAAUAGUCUGUCAUCAGACUUCAGAGGUGAAAAUUAUUCUAAGGUCACGACGUCAUGAUAGUAUAGGUACCUAAUUACAUAUUAUAAUAAUAUUAUAUAGACGCGAUUUUUUUCUAAAUUGUUCACAUUGCCAUCAGCAUCGAUACCUAUAAAGGUUAAUGGAUAUUGAAUUUGGUAUGUUAGUUCUUACUUCAUUCAAUAGGUUCCAAUUUGGGUCAAUAUCGUCUGAAUAAUAGAUAUUUAUUUCUAAUGCACUGCUUGUAUUAAAAAUAAAAACAAUAAAAAUAAAAAUAAAAUUCCGAACAAAGAAGCUACAAUAAAGUAUUUAAUAUUAUUACCUUCUAUAGGGACAAUUAUAAUGGAAAUCGAUUGUACCUAUAUUAUCAUGUUACCUAUAAUAUAGAUGGCGUUUUUGAUAGUCAUCUUGUUACUAUACCACUUUCACGUAUUUGAAAUUAUAAAUUAGAUAAAUGUAGAUACUUACACCCAGACACCCCCUAGUAAUGAAAUGAACCUAGUUAAAACACCCAUAAACAAUUUAUGAUAAACACAAGUACUGUUAGUAUUACAAUUAUUACUAUUUAAUAUAAAUAUUAUAAUUUAGUAAUUUUUUAAAAAAUUGAUAAUAAGUCAAAACACUAAUAUAAAAUAUAACAACACACUAUUGAAACUAGUGAACGAAAAUUCGCCAUGGCGUAUGUGUGUAAGACGGAGACAGCAAAUGCAUGGGUAGCAUCAUCUAAAUACAUUUUUUACAUGAUAUUAUAGGUUAUAGCUUAUUUUUAGAAGUAAUACCUAUAUUUGCACUCCGAGGCUUCGGAAAUUGGUUAUAUAACAAUUCGCCCUUCCUACUUAUAAGUUAUAAAUUAUAAUAUUUAAGGCGCGCGCGCUUAUAUAUAGGAUGUACCUACCAAUAUUAGUAUUUAGUGUAGGUAUUGUGUUUUAGAAUGUAAAAUAUCUGUUAUUUUAAAGUGUUUUUACUACCACAAUAUCUUUGGUUUUACGCGUAUUGUGCGCCGGAUCACUCGAUAGUCGAUUAGAUAUCCUAUUUUAAUUUUUAUACAUACAUUGCCAAUACAAUAUAUUAAUUAUUAGGUAUAAAGGCAUCACAUUGUUAUAAUACAUUGUAUUGUGGCUUUGAUUGUUCAAUAUCUGACCUCGCUAAACUAUAGUUACCGCAACACGUAGCGUCUUUUUAAACUACCUUCCUUAAUAAUCUAUAGGUACAGUCUAAACAUAAAAGUGAUUUCGAUUUUUUUUUAAAUAUUGUCACAUCAUAUUCACAUAAUAUACACUACAGAUCACUUCAGUUUAAGUUACCAUGAGUGUGUCCAUUAGCUGUUCUAUUUGUAUUUUAAUCAUACUUGUAUCUUCACUAUUAUCUGACUGCAGUUUGAUACGAGGACCUAAUAAGAAGCAACCUCAUAUCAUUCUCAUCGUUGCUGACGAUUUGGGAUGGAACGACGUUGGUUUUCAUGGAUCAAUUCAAAUACCCACUCCAAAUAUUGAUGCUUUGGCGUAUAAUGGUGUAAUAUUAAAUCGCCAUUAUGUUCAACCAACUUGCACUCCGUCUAGAGCUGCUUUGCUUACCGGAAAAUAUCCGAUUCGAUAUGGCCUUCAAGGAUUCCCAAUUAUUGCUGGUGUACCCUUGGCACUUCCGUUAAAUGAAAAAAUUUUACCACAAUAUUUGAAAGAUUUGGGUUAUUCAACUCAUUUGGUGGGGAAAUGGCACUUGGGCGCAAAUAAAAACCAGCAUACCCCCGUAAAAAGGGGAUUCGACAGUCAUUUUGGUUAUUGGAAUGGAUUCAUAAGUUAUAGAAACAGUACGCAUUCUACGGGAUUAAUGGUUGGGAAAGAUGCCAGGCGUGGGUUCGAAAGAGCAGGAGACGAGAUGGUUGAUCGAUAUGCAACAGACAUUUUCACCGAUGAAGCUAAUAAAGUUAUAAAGUUGUGUAAAAAUCAUGGAAAACCAAUGUUUUUAAUGGUAAGUCAUUUAGCCGUUCAUACCGGAGUACCUGGACCAAAUAUUUUGGAAGUUUCAAAUAAAACACACAAUGAUAUCAGAUUUGACUAUAUUGAAAACAAAGAAAGAAGACUUUAUGCAGGAAUGUUGACUUCAUUGGAUGAAUCUGUUGGUAGUGUCAUUGAAUCAUUAGAUAAUAACGGAAUGCUAGAAGAUUCAAUUGUGUUAUUUAUAUCUGAUAACGGUGCACCGGCUGAUGAUCCUAUAUGGGGUUAUGGAAAUUCAGGAUCUAAUUGGCCAUUAAGAGGAGAAAAAGGAGCAGUUCUUGACGGCGGAGUGCGUGGAGUGGCUGCAAUAUGGAGUCCGUGGUUGAAAAAGAAACACAGAAUUUUUGAAAAUUUGUUUCAUAUAACUGAUUGGUUGCCUACCCUUUACACUGCUGCAGGUGGUGAUUUUGAAGACUUAGGUCAAAUUGAUGGCGUUGAUCAAUGGCAGGGUUUAACUGAAACUUCAAAACGUACGAGAUCGGUGGUUUUAAUCAAUAUCGAUGAAACAAGUGGAGAGGAAGCAUUGAUUUUCAACCAUUGGAAGGUCGUAAAAAGUAACCGCACGAGUGACAUUUCCUACUAUCUGAAAUACAGCGGUGAACCCGGGAGCGUAGGACCGGACUACAAUAUGACCGCCGUUGCAGAAAGUCCGGCUGGUUCGCGUUUAUCGAAAAUAAACUGUUUGGUGUCCAAAGCAGACUGCAUGGACACGUUGACUACGUACGAUCUGUUUUAUAACGUUCGUUCCCAGGCCAAGAUCGACGGCAAGUGUAGCGAACGAAUCUCUGACCCAGACCCCAACGCGCGCUACGAAUGUUUUGACAGCCCCUGCUUGUUCGAUAUACAGCGGGACCCUUGCGAAUACCAUAACAUAGCAAGCCGAAACCCGGAAGCUCUCAACAUGACGGUGGACAUGUUGGCACAAUUCAAAAAUGAAAUGACGAUGCAAAACUACCCGGAACCCGAUCCCAAGGCAGACCCUCGAUUUUUCGACGGGUAUUGGGACACGUGGUUGGAAAAAUCUGGCGGUUCGAUUUCAUUCAACGGGAACCUACAUACGCGCGUUAUUAUAAUCUUGACGGCGUGUUUUUAUUAUUAUUUUAUUAUUUGACGACAUAUUGUGUCUAACAUACCAAUAUAUUAAUAUACAGUAUAUUAUAUAACUAUAUAAGUAUACAACUAUUAAACUAUAUCUAUGAUUAUCUAUAACAUAAGCAUUAAGCAUAAUAUAUUUAGGUAUUAUACUAUACGUACUAGGUUGUGUAGGUAUACUAUAUAAGUACAAACGAUUAUAUUUAUAUUAUUAAAGUAUUAACAUAAUUAAUAUUAAAAUAUUAUACAA